AGAACAAGAGCUCAGCAGCUAAUUCCUCUCACUCGAUACGGAUCUUGUGCUGGAUCAUGACGGGGCCCAAGUACUUGGAAUCCCGAACCAAGCACAUCAGGGAAACAUGGGCCAAGCGCUGCAACAAAGUGCUGUACAUGAGCUCCAUCAAGACGGACUUCCCCACUGUGGAGCUAAAUGUGAGCGAGGGAAGGGAGAACCUGUACUGGAAGACCAUCCGAGCCUUUCAAUACAUCCACCAGCACCACCUAGACGAAGCAGACUGGUUCCUGAAAGCGGAUGAUGACACGUUUGUGGUCAUAGAGAAUCUACGCUACAUCCUGUCCAAAUAUGAUACAGAGAAGCCGUUGUACCUGGGCAGAAGGUUUACCCCUUUCAUUAGUCAAGGAUACAUGAGUGGAGGAGCAGGUUAUGUCCUCAGUAAGGAAGCACUGAGAAGAUAUAUCAGAGGGUUCAGUAGUGGGGAAUGUACGCACUUCUCUACAAUAGAGGACAUGGCUCUGGGGAAAUGUAUGGAGACAAUGAAGGUGCAGCCAGCAGACUCCAGAGACACAAUUGGGAGACAAACAUUUCACCCAUAUCCUCCAGACCAUUACCUGGUCAGACAGCCCCCAAGACAAAGGCCAUGGUAUCUGAUUUACGACCACUACACUCCAAUAGAGGGUCCGGGUUGCUGCUCAGAUUUUGUUGUGUCCUUUCACUACAUUUAUUCUGUCCAGCUGUAUGUUUUGGAGUACCUGACAUACCAUCUGCGGCCGUAUGGAUACAAAUACAGAUUUAACCCUGAUGAAAAAACUGAACUUAACACCACAACUAAGUCCACAUGAAAUGUUGGUGUCUGCACGACAACUUCUGCACUAAUUGGAGGAGGGAGUAGAAGGAAUCAGCUUUACUUAACAUAAUAUAUUGAAUUCUCUCUAAAACAUAAUGUUAUAACUUAAAGGGGACAUAUUAUACUGCAUUUUAGCCUUUAGAAGAGGCGUCCUUCUGGGACGACAGCCAUGCAGACCAAUUUGAUGCAGUGUGCAGCGUAUGGUCUGAGCACUGACAGGCUGACCCCCCCACCCCUUCAACCUCUGCAGCAAUGCAGGCAGCACUCAGACGUCUGUUUCCCAAAGACAACCUCUGGAUAUGAUGCUGAGCACGUGCACUCAACUUCUUUGGUUGACCAUGGCGAAGCCUGUUCUGCUGUUCUGAGUGGAACCUGUCCUGUUGAACCGCUGUAUGGUCUUGGCCACCGAGUUGCAGCUCAGUUUUAGGGUCUUGGUAAUCUUCUUAUAGCCUAGGCCAUCUUUAUGUAGAGCAACCACUCUUUUUCAGAUCCUCAGAGAGUUCUUCUAUAGUGUCAUUUCUUCAGUGUUCUCACAUGAAAAGUUAUAAUCAAAUAUUUACACAGAUUUGAGAGGUGUACUCACUUUUGUGAGAUACUGUAUAGCAGGGGUAUUCAACUUAAAUUGCAAGAAGUCCAGUACGUCAACCCUACGCUCCUAGGAAUACGGGCUCAUGCUUUAUGGUUUAGUCAACAUAUUUAUUGAACAAUAAUACCUCAACUCCUCUCCUCACCCUGCUGUGGGGAACUUUCCUUGAAGUGCCUUUCAUAGCAGGAGUAUUACGUCAAUAUGCUGGCUCGCUGCGCAGUAUGAAAUUUCUCAUUAUUACCUCAUUUGAUACUAAAUUAGUUGUAGUUUAUUAAGUUGUCUAUAACACAAAGAACAGAUGGUCAUGAUGCAAAUUAGCGACAAUAGGCAUAAAUGGGUGCAUGCAGAAGGUUUCUAGGUAUGGAAUAUGUAAAAACUGGCAUUCGGGGAAUACAUACACUUUACUGUGUUCAUGAUGUUUUGGGCUGAGAGUGGGUCUGUUUUACUAAGCUUUCACUUGUGUCACUUUGUGUAAUAAGAAUUGAAGGUUCAAAUUCUAAAAACAUGUACUGUACAUCAAGGAGGAUGCGUUUCUCUGGAAAAAACAUCUGUGUACAUUUUUUGAUGAAAUUGCUGAAAAAAAGCUUCAUGUGUAGAUUGACAGCGACAUGUGAUAUGGAGGGGGUAUCUUUAAAGAUGGGAUAACAGCAAAUGUUUUUAGUACAAAGAUUAUGCUUGGGUAUCUGCUUCUUCAUGCACAUUGUAUUAGUAUAUGGUUUGGCUCUUGUCUCACUGACACUACCUGGCAUUGCAGGAACCCACCAGGAAUGUAGCCUUUGCCAGAUUAAGUACAUUAUGCAUAAAGAAUUUACUGAAUUUUGCAUACUAUUAGUGCAUGUAGUUCAGUAUGUUGAAAGCAGUAUAUAAUUCAAUUUAGGCUGAACCUAUGUGUUGCAAAACCUCAACAACAACUUGCUCUGUAUUUUUUUGUUGUUGUUAAAAACAAAAAUACAUGUUUAAGUAUUCUUCCACAGACUGACACUUCUGCUAAGUUGUCAUCUUCUGACCCAGUUGUCACCACGUGAAUGCAAGAACGAUUUAGUAGAAAGUUUUAGUCCAUUCUUGUUUGAUAUAUUGGGAAAUACCUGCAACUCUCCAGGAAUUUACUGCUCCGAGCCAAGAAGUAAGCUGUACAUUUACCAGACAGAUACAGUGGCCCGCCUACUAAUCUAACUCUGGACAAGAAAGUAAAUAGGUGCAAUGUGUGUCCCAAAAUGUUGAUCUGUUGCUUUACGAUUUGGGGUGUUCUUGUGGAACCAUGAAUUUACCCCCAUAAUGACAACAUCUACAGUUUGCCUCUGUCAGGACCCUGCCUUUCUUUCACUCUGUACCGCUCUAAUGUUAAAUAAUCUAGUCUAGUGUAAUCUGUUUGUGCUUUAGAUCAGCAGAAAUACAUGUGCCGGCUGUGUGUAGUUGAUGGUAAAUGUCAUAUCUCUGUGUUGAUCUUUUGAAAAAGGUUAUUGAAAUCAAUCUUUAGACGGCAAUUUUAAGAAAUUACAUUUUUUAUUGAAAAAAGUUAAUUUUAUUGAAUAACCUUGUUCUACUAGUUUUACUAUCCUUCUGGCACGUUUAUGGUGUUAAACAAUAAACAAUAUAUUUUAC